UACUAAAAGAAGCAGUAGAGCAGUCCGGCCUAUUACAGAAUUAUGGUUCGACUAACAAUGGACCUAAUUGCUAAAAACAUGAGUCACAAGAAUCGCAAUGAAGAGGACUUGGGACAGUAUCUGCGAAAAAUAACUCAUCUGAAUUUAUCAGAUAAAAACAUAGAUGCAAUUGGUGACCUCUCUUUGUGUAAAAAUCUUAGAGUUCUAUAUUUGUAUGAUAACCAAAUCAGACAAAUCCAGAACCUGGACUUUGCUUCAAACAUAACGCACCUUUACCUUCAGAACAAUUGUAUUUCAUGUAUUGAAAAUCUCUCAUCGCUGAAAAACCUUGAAAAACUGUAUCUGGGGGGCAACUGCAUCACUGUAGUAGAGGGUUUGGACAAAAUAGAAGGAAUAAGGGAGCUACAUAUUGAAAGUCAACGUCUCCCUCUUGGUGAAAAGCUUCUGUUUGAUCCAAGAUCUCUUAGGUCCCUGGCAAAAUCUUUGUCUGUGUUGAAUAUCAGCAAUAACAGCAUUGAUGCUUUAGAAGAACUGGCAGUUUUGGAAAAUCUUUCUUAUCUUAGAGCAGUUGACAAUCAACUUCAACAUAUGAAGGAUUUGGAGGUGGUAUUAAACAAAUGGACAAAGCUACGCAGAAUGGAUCUUACAGGAAACCCCAUCUGCCUAAAACCAAAGUACAGGGACAGGAUUGUAGUACAGUCACAAACUCUAGAAUCUCUUGAUGGGAAAGAAAUUAAAGAAAUGGAAAGACAGUUCCUAAUGAAUUGGAAUGCCUCCAAAGCUGCCAGGAAAAAAAACAAAGAAAGAAUGACAAAUGAACAUGCAGCCUAUCUACGUUUUUCUGACUUUGAAACACUUUGUCCUAUUCUUCCCUUUUACUACAGUCACUCUGUGAAAGAAAAACCAAAUAUUUUAGUUUCAUCUGAGAUGCACAAAGUUAAAAGAAAACCGCUGCCAAGAAUCCUGGAAAAAAAAUAA